AUGUGUGUGUGUGCGCGCCCAUCUCCCCCCCGCCUCGCAAAAGUUUGCCUGGGCGGCCGGGGGGCUCCCGGGCCGCCGCCCCCGCAGCCGGGGGGCGCGGCGGAGGCGCGGCGGAGCGGCGGAGGCGGUGGCGGGGCCGCUGCUGCCGGUGCCGCCGCCGCGCCGCUCCUGCUGCUGCUGCUGGUGGUGCUGCCGGUGCUGCCGGCCGCGGGGACCGAGGGCAAGGCGCGGAGCUGCGGCGAGGUGCGGCAGGCGUACAGCGCCAAGGGCUUCAGCCUGGCCAGCGUGCCCUACCAGGAGAUCGCAGGGGAACAUUUGAGAAUCUGCCCUCAGGAAUAUACAUGCUGCACCUCAGAAAUGGAGGACAAGUUAAGCCAACAGAGCAAACUGGAGUUUGAAAACUUAGUGGAGGAGACAAGUCACUUUGUACGCACGACUUUCGUAUCCCGGCACAAGAAGUUUGACGAGUUUUUCCGAGAACUUCUGGAGAACGCGGAGCGAUCCUUGAAUGACAUGUUUGUCCGGACGUACGGCAUGCUGUACAUGCAGAACUCUGAGGUGUUCCAGGACCUCUUCACGGAGCUGAAGCGCUAUUACACAGGAGGCAACGUGAACCUGGAGGAAAUGCUGAACGACUUCUGGGCUCGGCUGCUGGAGCGGAUGUUCCAGCUUAUAAACCCCCAGUACCAUUUCAGUGAGGACUACCUGGAGUGUGUGAGCAAGUACACAGACCAGCUGAAGCCCUUUGGAGAUGUGCCCAGGAAGCUGAAGGUUCAAGUGACUAGAGCGUUCAUUGCUGCACGCACCUUUGUUCAGGGGCUGACAGUAGGCAGAGAGGUUGCGAACAGAGUAUCCAAGGUCAGUCCCACCCCAGGGUGCAUCCGGGCGUUAAUGAAGAUGUUGUACUGCCCUUACUGCAGAGGACUUCCCACUGUGAAACCUUGCAACAACUAUUGCCUCAAUGUAAUGAAGGGCUGCCUAGCAAAUCAGGCUGAUUUGGAUACUGAGUGGAAUCUGUUCAUAGAUGCUAUGCUUCUGGUAGCGGAGAGAUUAGAGGGACCAUUCAACAUUGAAUCAGUCAUGGAUCCUAUUGAUGUCAAGAUUUCUGAAGCCAUCAUGAACAUGCAAGAGAACAGCAUGCAGGUGUCAGCAAAGGUUUUCCAAGGAUGUGGCCAACCUAAACCAGCACCUGCCCUGAGAUCUUCCCGUUCUGUCCCUGAAAACUUCAAUACUCGGUUUAGACCAUAUAUCCCAGAGGAGAGACCUACAACUGCUGCUGGCACAAGUUUGGAUAGGCUGGUAACAGACAUUAAAGAAAAGCUAAAGCUCUCUAAAAAGUUCUGGUCAACAUUGCCCUACACAAUCUGCAAGGAUGAGCGAGUGACAGCGGGUCCGUCCAUCGAGGAGGAAUGCUGGAAUGGCCACACCAAGGCGAGAUACUUGCCUGAGAUUAUGAACGAUGGCCUGACCAACCAGAUCAACAAUCCAGAAGUAGAUGUGGACAUCACAAGGCCAGACACCUUCAUUCGACAGCAAAUCAUGGCCUUACGUGUCAUGACUAACAAACUGAAGAACGCGUACAAUGGGAAUGAUGUCAACUUCCAGGACACGAGUGACGAAACCAGCGGCUCAGGCAGCGGGAGCGGCUGCACAGACGACAUCUGUCCCACCGAGUUUGACUUUGUCACCACCGAAGCACCGCCUGUCGACUCGGACAGGAGAGAAGUGGAGGCUUCAGCCACACAGCCUGGCUGGUCACUGCAGACAUUGCUCGUCAUCUUCCUCAGCCUUGUACUGCAGAGACAGUGGAGAUAA